AUGGCGAUUUGGCAAUAUGUUCAUGUCCUCAAGUACAGGUACGAGCUGAAGGAGAAAAUUUCUCGUGAAAAUGCUAUACAAAUGGCUACAAGUCCUGACGUAAACCGGGUUCCAGGGAUUGGUCUUUUCUACACGGAGCUUGUUAACGGUAUAACUCCAUUGUUCUCUCAUUAUAUUUCGAAUCUUUCGUCGGUCCACUCGGUUUUUGUCUUGCUAUCGAUCAAGACACUUCCCGUGAAUCGGGUGACGUCAUCAGAGCGGUUCUUUUUCCGUUACGUGGGGCAAAAAGAUUCAGGAAUGUUUAGGUGUGUUGUGAGGUAUGGUUACAAAGAAGACAUUGAGGAGCCUGAUGAGUUCGAGCGCCAUUUUGUUCAUUACCUAAAGGAAUUCAUUCAUCACGAGCACUUCAUGUCCGAAGGAGGAGGAGACGUGGACGAGACUGGCAAAGAAGAUGAACCAAAUGUGGAGACAAAACUUGUGCCUUCGUCUAACUCUGUCCCUUCAUCGGGGCGGAUCGGAUCCGCGCAUUCAUCUUCGUCGGACAAGAUUAGGUCAGGAAGGGUCGUACAGGUGCAAUCUGUUGAGGAUCAAACGGAGUUGGUGGAGAAGGCAAGAGAGAAAGGAAUGGUUUAUCUAAUGGGAGAGACGGAAAUUACCGCGGCAAAAGAUUCUUCUUUGUUUAAGAAGUUUAUAGUGAACCAUGCUUACAAUUUCUUGAAGAAGAAUUGUCGGGAAGGAGACAAAGCACUUGCGAUUCCUAGGUCAAAGCUUCUCAAGGUUGGCAUGACUUAUGAGUUAUAA